AUGUCGCAGCGGGACGUCCAGUUUGAAACCAUUGGAGCCCUCCCUCGACUGUGUGACGUGCUCCGGGUGCUGCGGGAGGAGCGGGACCAGUGCCUGCAGGAACUCUCCAAAGAGAGGACAGAAGACCUAGGCACUGUGCAGCCAACCCCAGGCUGCGCGGGGCUGUGGGACAACAUGAGCUGCUGGCCCUCCUCCGAGCCUGGACAGACGGUGGAAGUGGAGUGUCCGCGAUUCCUCUGGAUGCUCUCGGGCAGGAACGGUUCCAUAUUUCGAAACUGCACCCAGGGCGGCUGGUCAGAAGCCUUCCCCAGGCCUGACCUGGCCUGUGGGGUUAACGUGAAUGACUCGUCCAACGAAACCAACAAGAAGCGGCACGAGUACCUGCUGAAGCUGAAGGUCAUGUACACCGUGGGCUAUAGCUCCUCCCUGGUGAUGCUCCUGGUGGCCCUCAGCAUCCUCUGUUCUUUCCGGAGGCUCCACUGCACCCGCAACUACAUCCACAUGCACCUGUUCGUGUCCUUCAUCCUGCGCGCUCUGUCCAACUUCAUCAAGGAUGCUGUGCUCUUCUCAGACGACGGUCUCCACUGCGAUACCCACAGGGUGGGGUGCAAGCUGGUCAUGGUCUUCUUCCAGUACUGCAUAGUGGCCAACUACGCCUGGCUGCUGGUGGAGGGCCUCUACCUUCACACCCUCCUCGCCAUCUCCUUCUUCUCAGAAAAGAAGUGCCUACAGGGCUGUGUCGCCCUGGGCUGGGGUUCCCCAGCCAUUUUUGUCACUUCGUGGGCUAUCACCAGACACUUUCUGGAAGAUGUUGGGUGCUGGGACAUCAACGCCAACGCGUCCGUCUGGUGGGUCAUUCGAGGGCCUGUGAUCCUGUCCAUCCUGAUUAAUUUCAUCCUGUUUAUAAACAUUCUAAGAAUCCUGAUGAGAAAACUCAGAACCCAAGAAACAAGAGGAAAUGAAGUAAACCAUUAUAAGCGCCUGGCCAAGUCCACCCUCCUGCUGAUCCCUCUCUUCGGCGCCCACUAUAUCAUCUUUGCCUUCUCGCCAGAUGAGGCCAUGGAGAUCCAGCUGUUUUUUGAACUUGCCCUUGGCUCAUUCCAGGGCCUGGUGGUGGCUGUCCUCUACUGCUUCCUCAACGGGGAGGUGCAGCUGGAGGUUCAGAAGAAGUGGCGGCAGUGGCACCUGCGCGAGCUCCCCCUGCGCCCUGUGGCCCUCAGCAACUCCUUUAGCAUUGGCACCAGCAGCCUCACCCACGGCACCAAGGCCAGCCCCUCAGAGUCGAGCCGGGGCACCUGGAGGACCAGCGUCAUCUGAGGCUGGAGCAGGGUCACCUGUGGACACGGGCCAGGCCGGGUCCCGAGAGGGCAGCACCCUGCUCCGGGACAGCCCAUCUUCCCCACAGACAUCACGGGCUGUCUCCUGUGACUAAUGGCCUCUCCUCCAGGCCUUAGAAAAAGGAAAAUAAAUGGUAACUGGGAAGAGAUCUGGUCUGUAUUUGUCAGUCUUUUUGCCUGAGACACAGGUGAGGGAGGAUGCUCUGGUCCACUCCCUACCCCUUCCUGGAGGGGGGGGCUUCCCUGAUCCCAGCUCUAGUUUUCAGGGACAAACUUAGAAGCCCAGGAAACACGAGAAAUCAAGGUCCUUGGUCCUAGGUGGUGCCUCCCUGCUCCUCACUGCAACUCACCUGUCCAGGAACUCUCAUCCUAGAGCCUUCGAGAUGGCAGCUGAAUUAAUCUGAUCAAGUCCCAGUGGAGGCCAGGAGAGCCCCAGGACCCCCAGCUCCGUUGUAGUAGCCCUAACAUGGUCUGAGGCACCCCUCUGUUCUCACUGCCUUUCAGUCAGUUAUCCACAGCCCCCAAGGCGGUACAGCAGGAGAUGGGGCAUGAUGCCAUUCGGUGGAAGAGGAAUGGGCUCACCACAGCCCUGGGCCCAAACGACUAGCAAGGAAGGAGCAGCUGUCCAGUCCAGGGCUUUUGGUAUCAAAUCCCCAUGCUCCAAGGCUGUCUCUCUUUCA